AUGAACACAGAAUUACCAAGUCAAAUUAACUUUCCCAAAACUGAAGAGGAAAUUAUUGAAUACUGGAAAAAGAUUGAUGUGUUUAAUAAAUGUAAUGAAAUAACUAAAGACAGACCUCGUUUUUCUUUCUAUGAUGGACCACCCUUUGCUACAGGACUUCCACACUAUGGACAUUUACUUGCAGGAACUAUUAAAGACACAGUUUGUAGAUAUGCUAUUCAAACAGGGCACAGAGUCGAUAGAAAAUUUGGAUGGGAUACUCAUGGACUUCCAAUUGAGUUCGAAAUUGAUAAGUUAUUAGGUAUUCAUACAACUGAAGAAGUACUUAAACUUGGUAUUCCAAAGUAUAAUCAAGAAUGUAGAAAUAUUGUUAUGAGAUAUUCAGAAGAAUGGAAAAAAGUUGUUUGGAGAUGUGGCAGAUGGAUUGAUAUGGAUCAUCCUUAUAAAACAAUGGACAUUAAUUUUAUGGAAUCAGUUUGGUGGGUAUUCAAACAACUAUAUGAAAAGAAUUUAGUUUAUCGAGGAUUAAAAAUUAUGCCAUUUUCUACUGGAUGUUGUACACCAUUAAGUAAUUUUGAAGCAGGUAUGGCCUAUAGAGAUGUACCAGAUCCAGCUGUCACUAUGACAUUCCCUGUUAAUGGAGAAGAAAAUACUUAUUUCCUUGCAUGGACAACUACACCAUGGACUCUUCCAUCUAAUCUUGCACUUUGUGUCAAUCCUAAUAUGGAUUAUGUUAAAUUUUAUGAUGAACCUACUAAACAUAAUUAUUAUAUGAUGGAGUGUUUAAUGCCAACACUUCCUAAUGCUAAAAAAGCAAAAAGAACAAUAAUAGAAAAAUUGAAAGGAAAAGAUCUUGUUGGAAAAACUUAUGUUCCAUUAUUCCCUUAUUUCAAAGACCUUAAAGGAUGUUUCAGAGUUGUUGCUGAUGAUUAUGUCCAAAAUGAUUCUGGAACUGGUAUUGUUCAUCAAGCACCUGGAUUUGGUGAAGAUGAUUAUCGUGUUUGUAUGGCUAAUGGUAUUAUUAGUAAAGGAACUAAUCUUGUUUGUCCAAUUGAUUUUUCAGGUAAAUUUACAGCUGAGGUACCAGAUUAUCAAGGUAGAUAUAUUAAAGAUUGUGAUAAAGAUAUUAUUGAAAGACUUAAGAAAGAAGGAAGAAUCUUUAAUGUAGCAACUAUUACACAUUCAUAUCCAUUCUGUUGGAGAUCUGACACCCCAUUAAUUUAUCGUGCUAUUCCAUCAUGGUUUGUUAAUGUUGAAUCUUUCAAAGAUAAAUUAGUUGAAAGUUCUCAACAAACUUAUUGGGUUCCAGAAAAUAUUAGAGAAGGUAGAUUUGAAAAUUGGUUAAGAAAUGCACGAGAUUGGGCUAUUUCUAGAAACAGAUUCUGGGGAACACCAAUUCCAAUUUGGACUGAUGAUGAUUAUACUGAAUUUGUUUGUGUAGGAAGUGUAAAAGAACUUGAAGAACUUACUGGACAAAAAGUUACAGAUCUUCACAGAGAGUUUGUUGAUAAUUUAGUUAUUGAAAAGAAUGGUAAAAAACUUCAUAGAAUUUCUGAGGUUUUUGAUUGCUGGUUUGAAUCAGGGUCUAUGCCUUAUGGACAAAGUCAUUAUCCAUUUGAAAAUGUUGAACAAUUUAAAGAAAAUUUCCCAGGUGAUUUUAUUGCUGAAGGUAUUGAUCAAACAAGAGGAUGGUUCUAUUCCCUUAUUGUCAUUUCUACUGCUUUAUUUGGAAAAGCACCAUUUAAGAAUUGUGUUGUUAAUGGUCUUGUACUUGCUUCUGAUGGUAAAAAAAUGUCAAAGAGAUUAAAGAAUUAUCCUGAUCCAAUGGAUAUGAUUAAUCUUUAUGGUGCUGAUGCUUUAAGACUAUCACUUAUUAAUUCACCAGCUGUACGAGCAGAAACAGUUAAAUUCCAAGAAAAAACAUUAAAAGAAUUAAUUUCAACCAUUUUCUUACCAUGGUUUAACACAUUAAGAUAUCUUAAACAAUCAUUUAAACCUGAGAUGAAGAUUAUGGCUAUUGAUAAAAUUGCUAAUAUGAAUGAUAUGGACAGAUGGAUUCUUUCAUCAUUAAUGUCACUUGUAAAGAAAGUUAGAGAAGAAAUGAAAAUGUUUAGACUUUACACUAUUAUUACGCCAUUAGUUGAUUUGCUUGUAACUCUUUCUAACUGGUAUAUCAGAUUAAAUAGAAAAAGAUUUAGAGGUGGUUAUGGUGAAGCUGCACAAGAAACUUCAUGUAGUGUUUUAUAUCACUGCUUGAAGAUUAUGUCAAUUCUUAUGGCACCAUUUACACCAUUCUUCUCUGAAUUCUGUUAUCAAAAAUUAAAAGCCUUCCCAUUAAAUUAUGAAGAGAAGAUGGAAGAGUCUGUUCAUUUUGUCCAAAUUCCUGAACCACUUGAACAAUUCCAUGAUGCUAAACUUGAAGAAGUUGUUGAUGCCCUUAAGAAAAUCAUUGAAUUAGGUAGAAGUGCUCGUGAUAAGAAAAUCCUUCCAUUGAAACAGCCAUUGAGAAAAAUAACAAUUAUCCAUGGAUCUCAAGAAUUCCUUGAUCGUUUAAUGGUAUUUAAAGAGUAUAUUGCUAUUGAAUUAAAUGUAGAAGAAGUUAUUGCUACUACUGAACAAGAUCAAUUUAUUACUCUUUCAUUGGCUCCAGAAAGAGCUGUUAUUGGUAAGAAAUAUAAAAAAGAAGGAAAGAAAUAUAUUGACGCUUUAAUGAAAGUUGAUCGUAAUAGAAUUUUGAAGUUUAUUGAAGAAGGAAAAAUUGAAAUUGAAGGACAAACCUUCACUGAAGAGGAAGUUAAAGUCCAUAGACAAUUUAGUGGAGACACUUCAACACAAGAAGCAAUGUGGGACAAGGAUGUAUUAGUUUUGUUAGAUUGUGUUCGUGAUAUUAAUUUAAUUCAAAAAGGAAUUUGUAGAGAAGUUAACAACAGAAUUCAAAAAUUAAGAAAGGAAGCUGGAUUGAAAGUUGAUGACAACGUUGUUGUUUAUUAUAGUUAUGAUGAUUCUAAUCAUACUAACAUUGAUGAAGCAAUUAAGGCACAAGAAGAAUUCCUUAAAUCUUAUGGAGUUAUUAUGAAAGUUAAAGAAGGAGAAAUAGCAUCAAUCAAAGACGCAAAUGUUACUUUGAAGUGUGUCACCGACUCUAUUCACUUAUUCCUUGUUAAGCUUUAA